GGGGCUUUCUGGUUUUGGGUACACGUGAACAGCGUCAUCCAAUCAGCUGGUAAAUUUUAAGACCGGCGCCACUUUGUCAUCAAUGUUGUCCACAGUGAUUGUUUAAACUUUUCAUAAAACAUUCAAAUUAAACAUAUAUUGUGACUUUGUUUUGUGAUAAGUGGCAAAAUCUUAGGGGCUAGGUGUUUUUUAUUUGCAGUAGAACGUUGCCUACAUCAUUUUCUGACCUUCGAAAUAUCCCAAAUUGUCGCCAUUUUGACCAUGCAAGUUAAUUUGUUGUAGUUUAUUUGAGUGUUUUACACAUAAUUAUCAUCAUAUAUACGUAAAUGGAUACCUUAUUGCAUGGAGUACUUCGAAAAUGUCACAGAAAAGUAGUGUAGUCAAUUUUGUAAUACAUGACGCUAAUGGAAAGCCUCAAAUGGUUAAGGUAGUGCAAAACUCUAUCAAUCAACCUCUUACCGAAAUAAAAAUCAAACAAACCCCUGUGAAAAUUUACAAGUUAGCUCAACCAGUAGAAGGAAACAUUAAGCCUCAAGCCCUUCAACCUAUUAAACUUAGUGGCAUUAAAUGUACAUCAGAAAAAGUAGAAGAAUCUCAUACUAUUUCUUCAUUACAAGAAGUUGUUACAUCUGUUGAUCCUGACUUGAACUUGAAAAAGCCAUUGAUAAAAGUACAAAAACCUUUUACUGAAGUAAAUUUAGAAUUUGUACCUAAAUUAGUCCCAAUUGUACGUAAAAGUGAAUUGAUAGUGAAAACAACAGAUAUCAAACAAAGUGAACCUUUAACUAUGUCUCAUGCAUCCAGACGGCGACAUGAUUCAGAUAAUGAUGCCCCAACAGAAUACACAACAAAAAGGCGUAAGCAUGCAGACAAAGUUGGCAAAGGAUUAAGGCACUUCUCCAUGAAAGUUUGUGAAAAAGUCAGGAAUAAAGGUUUUACCUCAUACAAUGAAGUUGCUGAUGAACUUGUCCUGGAAUUUGCUACUGGAAUACAUGGAUCAUCUGAUAGCCAACAAUAUGACCAAAAGAAUAUUCGACGAAGAGUUUAUGAUGCGUUAAAUGUUUUGAUGGCAAUGAAUAUAAUUUCAAAAGAUAAAAAGGAAAUAAGGUGGCUGGGUCUACCAACUAAUUCAAUACAAGAAUGUACAGCUCUUGAAAAGGAAAAGCAAACAAAAUUGGAACAAAUUCAAAAGAAAACACAACAGUUACAAGAACUUAUAUUGCAGCAUAUAUCAUUUAAAGGUUUAAUAGAAAGGAAUAAAGAAGCAGAAAAUAAAGGCAUAAAACCGUCACCAUCAUCAGCAAUACAUUUACCAUUUAUUGUUGUAAAUACAAGUGAUAAGGCACUUAUUGAUUGUAGUAUCUCUAAUGAUAAGACAGAAUAUAUGUUUAAUUUUAAUAAGAGGUUCCAGAUUCAUGACGAUAUAGAUAUAUUAAAAAGGAUGGGUCUCUUAUUUGGUUUAGAUAAAGGAGAAUGUUCAGAAGAAGAUAUAGAAAAAGCGAAAAGUAUGGUUCCAAAAUCGUUAGAAUGUUAUGUAGAACAGAUGGCAAGGGGUCUCAGCAAUAAUCUUUCAGAUAUUCUCGAUGAGGAAUAUUUAGAAGAAGGAGUGGACGAUGAAACAUUAGGUGAAGCAGAUGUUGAUGAUGAUCAGGAAGCUGAUGCAAAUGAAUACAGUGAGGACAGUAGUGAUGUUGAUGUUUAACAAAGUACUGUUGUUAUAUUUGGUAUGGGAUUCAGUUCAACAAUAUAUAAUUUUGAAUCAGAAGGCGCGUAAAGUGCAGAAUUAUAUAACAGUUAAAUUUCAUGUUGUAUUUUAACAUAAUAUAGGUGUGGAAUUUAUCAUUUUGAUAAUAAUAUUUAUUUGUCUUAAUAAUAAUAAUAAACAGUCAGAAAAGCAAUAAAAAUUAUAUAUUAUAUUUGUUAUGUUAUCCAAGUCCAAAUGUUUGACUAGAUUUAUAUAAUAUGUGUCUGCAUGAUUAGCUACAACUGCAUAAAAUUGAUAUCUUAAUUGAUAUUUGAGAGUCUAACUCAGGCAAAAAAUGGGAAUGUGUUUCGGAAAGAUAAAAUCAAAUUUAUUUAUAUACAAUGAUUUUUUUUUUUCGAAAACUAAACAAAAUCAUCACAUCAAUACUUAGUUAUUCCAACAGCUGCUGAUCUGGUGGUUCGCUCGAUACUACUUCACGCCGAUUCUCUGUAGUGGUGUUGUAACUUAACACUUUCCCUUCACCUUUCACUCCCCCCGGCUCGAUGCGUGCAUAUGCCUUAUUGGUUUCCUUAUUAAAUUUUAUCUACCCAAGUUUAAAAAUAAAUUAUUGGCAACACUAAAUCCAAGAAGUCGCGCUGAGAUUGCCCGCAAAAACUAACAUGAUAUAUAUGAAAUUACUUUUUUAGAAAAAUUAUUUAUUUCUUGCAGCAGUGCAUUUACCAAAUGCUAAUAUAAUGCAAAAUUACCUCUCAACUUGCGACUUCUCAUAUAACACAGCAAACUUAGAAACAACUGUCUUUACACACUUGUUCUAAUGAAAAGUUCAGACCCUAUCCAAAUUAAAUUAUAGGAUUAGCUGUAUCUAAGAUUGACAACUGUUACAGUUACUGUACUGUACAGAAGCUUAUUCAAAAAACAAAAGCUAAACGAUUUAUAGAUAUAUAUUUAUAGGUACUUGUAAUACUAAUUCGAUUCUAUAGUUGCGAGGCAAUGUUGUAGAAAAUGAAAGACAGUUACCCAGUCUGACAGUACAGCCAAUGCGCAGUAUAAAGAAGCAUAUAGUAGUACACCGUCUUUGAUCUCGUAGUAAAAACCGAAUAGGUCUAAAGGCUGGUGCGGUUGCUGCAACUCGAUAUAAAAAAGUAGUAUGUUAUUUUUUAUUUCUUAUUACGAUACCUAUAUUUUAGUUUAUAAUAUUUGUUCAUCUUUUAUAUUCUGCCGUAGCCGGCCAAAUAUCCUUUUCCUUACCAAUCUUUCCAUUUUAUUGUUGUUAAAUCCGUUUGUAGAGGCGAAAGUUCAGCAAUCGACCUUACGCCUCUACGAAUGUUUAUGGGCGGUGAUAAGAGCUUACCUAACUAACUUAUUAGGUCAUCAGCUUUAUUGCCAACGAUGACA